AUGGAAGCAGAAAUGAGGGCACUUCUGGAUGGCUUAUGUCGUCUUCUAGAUUACAGCUUGGAUGUUUAUCCUAUCCUUAUUGAAUCUGACUCUCAAAUUCUUGUGGAUAUGGUCAAUCACACUUUUGAACCUCCAUGGAGAUAUGAUUAUACCGUCUCCGACAACCAUCGUCUCAAAAGCCUCAAACUCUCCUUCUUAGAUCAGAUUGCACAAUCAGUUUAUAUUCCCAUCAUUCUCUUCUAUUCUCCUCAAUUUGGCUCCAAGACUGAUCCUACCCAAAAACAUAAUUCUCUGAAACAAUCAUUAUCAGAAACCCUAAUCCAGUUCUACCCAUUAUCUGGACGGAUCAAAGAUGAUUUUUUCAUUGAUUGUGAUGACACAGGAGUUGAGUAUGUUGAAGCUCAAGCCCAUGCUCAACUCUCAGAAGUAAUUGCAGAGCCAAGCAUGGAGGAAUUGAAACAGUUCCUCCCCGUGGAACCUUAUAGCAGUACUGGAACUGUGAAGGAGACCCUCCUGGCCAUUCAGAUAAACUUUUUUGACUGUGGUGGGAUGGCCAUCGGCAUCAAUAUGUCUCACAAAAUCGCCGAUGGAUCGUCGUUGAUCACAUUCAUGAAUGCAUGGGCUAGUAAAUCACGUGGAGAUAGCAAAUAUUUGGGUCCUAAUUUUGAUAUCGAUUCUCUGUUUCCACCCAGAGAUUUAUCUGGGUUCAUACCAAGUGCAGUCUUAAGCAAAGAGAAGAUUGUCACCCGAAGAUUUGUGUUUGAUAAAUCAAAGUUAAAAAUUCUCAAGAAAUCUGCAUGUUCUGGUGCUGAAUCAAUAGUGAAGGAUCCGACCCGGGUUGAAGCCGUCUCAGCUUUCAUCUGGAGCCAUUUCAUAGAGGUUGCCAAUGCCAAAGCUAAAAUGGAUUCAAAAAAGCUAUUUGCUGCAGUUCAUGCAGUGAACUUGAGGCCCAAGAUGAAUCCACCCCUUUCUGAUCAUGCCUUUGGAAAUCUAUGGAGCUUUGCUCUUGCA